AUGCAGGAGGAGGAUUUCCACAUCUUCCUGGAUCACUUUAAGAAUACAAAGCUACAGCCCCUUGAUCGUAGCGUUUAUGGUCCAUUCAAGAAGUUGAUCAACACAGCCAGUGAUGCAUGGAUGAGAAUGAAUCCUGGAAAAACAAUGACAAUCUAUGACAUCCCAAGCCUGGAGUGUGACUAUGCACCAUCACAGGUCACAGAUCGCCCUGAACCAUCUGCCUCUCUGGCCUCCACCUCAGCUGACCAGCCAGCCCAAGAUUCCACCUCAGCUGAAGCAGCCCAAGCCUCUUUUUCAGUUGACCAGGCAGGUCAAGCCUUUUCUCAGACUCAGCCAGACUGCUCAACUCAAGCUGCUCAAAAAGGCUGUGAACAGUUCCAUGGUAUGGGCUCUAUGUAUUGUCAUGUUGCUGCAGCCAUCAUUCUCACCUAUGGUGUCACCAACUGGCAGAGCUUUGUAGAGCUUGAAGACAGCUUUCUAUCUCUCACAGACUCAACCAACAGUGACAGCAUAUUUGCCAUUGUGGGCAACAAAGCAGACCUCACUGACCUUUGGGCCCAGGUUGUGACCCCAGUCAGAGCGCUAGAGGGCACCCGCCCCCAAGCAGAGAAGAUGUGCUUCAAGACGAGCGCCAAGACUGGCUAUAAUGUAGAUGUGUUGUUCGAGACACUCUUUGAUCUGGUGUUGCCAUCCAUUAUUCAGAAACACUCACAAAAUGAGUCACCCGCUCUUUGUUUGGAGGACUACAAUGAAGAGGAUAAGAGAAAAGGUGAAUAUUUGCUGAUGAAUGGAUUCAUAUACAUUGCACUGUGGACACUGUUACAGAACUGUUUACAAUAACUACAUAAUUUUUGGCUCAUAUCUUAUUCGCUUUGUGUUUGAUUAUAUGUUUAAAAUAUUAUUUUUCACAAAUAUAGCACAGACAUUGAACCUAAGUUGUUCAUGUGACUAAACGGUCAUCCUUUGUACAAAUGUCAAAGAUAAACAAAUAUCACAGUGUUUACAGGACCAACCAUCUUUUUAAUUUGUUUUUUACCUUUUUAGUUUUAUACUGUAAUCACAUCAUGAAAAUGAGUGCAUGUGAUUUUUAUGGUUUAAUGUUUGUGUAUUGUCAUUUAAUAAAGGUCAACAAAUAAUUUUCCGUCACUCAGCAGCAAGGAAUGUUUUAUGUUUGUUUACAGAUUUUUGUAAUUGGUUCUUUUUUAAUCUGCUGUUAUUUGCAAUUCCUAGCACUCAUUCAUUACUAGGCCAUGCUUUUGUUUUUUGCACAAAUUUACUACAAAGUCUCACCACUAGAUGUCAUUACACUUUGAGAAAAAGCUUCCCUUAAAAGUACAGCAUGUUUUUGUACAAGGUGUGAGCUCUGAAGAAAACCUCUGUAGAUGAGGCAGCGCCAUUUGCAGAACACAAUCCAUAUGAACCAUACACGCUCAUUGGAAUGUAUAUUAUGACACUAAAUAGUUGAUUAGUUUUAACCACUGCCGACAAGAACAUAGUUUAAAAAAAAAAUUAAAAAAUUUGUUUCUGUUUCCUGUAUGUAGUUCUAAAGUUACACAUCAAGUUAAAGACCAGCA